GAUGGCGUCAGAUUUGGAUUCAAAGUCGCAACUCAACGCCCCGUCCGAGAGCCGGUCCGGUCUUCGUCAUGAAAUGGAAGGCCUGUGCCAUCACGAUCACGAACAUGAGGGCCACAAGUUCCGCCAUCACGACAACCCCAAUGAAGAAAACAUCUCAAUUCCUUCAAACUCCAAACAUGCCGAGCAGGCCAUCGCCCCCUUCCUGGCCAAACACAUCCCAACCCAGUACAACCCUAUCGGCCACUUGAUGCCACAGUCGACCUCCAACGACCCCAACCACGACCACCACCAAGACACCUCAAGCACAAAGUUCUGCUACCGCCAUCGCCCUGAUCUCAAGUGCAGACGUCAAGCCAACGAGCCUUCCAUGGAGCAACUCCAGAAUGCCAUCUCCCACGUCUGGUCCCUCUUCUCCGCCGCCCCAUCCAAACACCGCAAUCUCAUGCUCCAGGGCAUCCUCUCCCAAUGUUGCUUCCCCCAACUCUCCUACAUCUCCGCCUCCGUUCGCGACCUGAUCAAGAUCGACUUCCUCUCUGCUCUACCGCCAGAGCUUGGCUUCAGGAUUCUUUGCUUCCUCGACACCACCUCGCUGUGCAAGGCCGCUCAAGUCAGUCGACGCUGGAGAAGCCUGGCCGACGAUGACGUCGUCUGGCACAGGAUGUGUGAGCAACACAUCGACCGAAAGUGCACCAAGUGUGGCUGGGGCCUGCCUCUGCUCGAACGCAAGCGAUUGAGAAUAGAAAAGAGGCAAAUACAAUUGCGCGCCAUCUCAAGAGGCAACAACGAGUGGUCGCCUGCAACUACCCCGCUCGCCGAAGACCCAGUAUCUCAUGCCACCACAACUGCACCAACCAGUCAGGCCCUUGCCAUCGUAGGCGAGAAGCGCAAGCUUGAUGAUGAGCAAGCUCCGCCGCAAAAGAAGUUGUGCACUCCAGCACCGGGUGAAGAAGAGGUCAACUCGUACUUUCAACCACAGACAAGAAGGCCAUGGAAAGAUGUGUACAAGGAUCGUUUCAAGGUCGGCACGAACUGGAAGUACGGACGAUGUUCGACAAAAAUCUUCAGAGGUCAUACCAAUGGUGUUAUGUGCCUACAGUUUGAUGAAAACGUCCUGAUCACGGGCUCCUACGACUGCACAGUGAAGGUAUGGGACAUCAAGACAGGAAAGGAGCUGAGAACGCUCGAGGGUCACACAUCCGGCAUUCGCACGCUGCAAUUUGACGACCAGAAGCUCAUAACUGGUUCCAUGGACAACACGACAAAGGUCUGGGACUGGCGUACUGGAAAAUGCCUACGGACUUUCCAAGCUCAUACAGGUGGCGUGAUAUGCGUCAAUUUUGAUGCUGGAUAUAUUGCUUCAGGCUCAAUGGACCACACUAUCAGAGUCUACGAGAUUCGAAACAAGGCGUCUUAUCUGCUCAAGGGUCAUACGGACUGGGUUAAUGCGGUGAAGCUCGAUGUGGUUUCUCGCACAUUGAUCUCUGCUUCAGAUGAUUGUACCGUCCGUUUGUGGGAUCUGGACACGCGCAGAUGUAUCAAGGUCUUUGAAGGACAUGUCGGCCAAGUCCAGCAGCUUGUGACUCUUCCUCCAGAGUUCGAGCUCGACGAAGCUGAUUUGCUCUCUGGAGAAAACGAGGACGACACCUCGUCUACUUCUUCUGGGCCGUCGCCUGCUCACAAACAUUCGCAUCACCCAGCUACCACGUCUGCCGAGACGAUCGUGCCAUUCUGGCCUGAUGAGCCUGACCGUCCAGCACCUCCUCGAUACAUGCUUACCGGUGCUCUGGACAGCACCAUCCGUCUGUGGGACGUGCACGCUCCUGCAGUGUCGCCUGCCGUAGAUGCAGCAAAUCCGGUACAAAAGCCACCUACUACCAACGCAUGCUUACGCACCUACUUUGGACACGUCGAAGGCAUCUGGGCACUUGCAGCAGACCAUCUGCGUAUGGUCUCUGGAUCGGAAGACCGUACAGUCAAGAUCUGGGAUCCUCGCAGUGGCAAGUGUGAGAGAACGUGGACAGGCCAUGCCGGCCCUGUGACAUGCAUCGGACUCAGUGAUAGUCGACUUGUCUCUGGGAGUGAAGACUGUGAAGUGCGCAUGCUAUUGUUUAACACUGGAGAAGGAAGUGAAGGGUGCGAAGACCAA